CCCCGGCCCGUGAUUGACAGUUCAGUUGGCACAAGGCAAGCCGUGCAGUCGCGCUGCCGCCGUCACUCACUCUCUCUCUCACAUGUAUACGAUUGUUGCUGCUGCAGCCGUUUGUUGUGCGCCCCGUCGGCAUUGUUGAGAACAAGAAGUAGUGCGAAUUUACCCCAGUGAGUGUUGCAGCCGGAACAAGUGUUCGUGCGUGUUGGAUUUACUCUGUACUGACUAGUGUCCGUGUGCAAGUUCGCAGCGCGUAGGCCCGGCCCUUCGCGCCCAGUUUUUCGGUCUCUCGCGGUCAAACACAGCAGCAAAAGUGGCUUUAAUGGCUCAGCCAAGGUAUGACGACGGAAUACAUCCGUACGCGAUGGAGAACGCGCCACCGUCCAUGUACGACCCGCACGUGGGCCACCGAGGGCCUCUGCAGUCUCUGUCGCACCACUCGCCCCACAUGAACCACGCGGGGAUGCACCAGUACCACGGCAACCACGUGAGCACCCCGGUCUCCAACCAUGUCAUGGGCAACGUCCCUGACGUUCACAAACGGGACAAGGAUGCGAUUUACGGGCAUCCGUUGUUCCCACUUCUGGCGCUGAUUUUUGAAAAGUGCGAAUUGGCCACAUGCACCCCCCGUGAGCCAGGGGUGGCCGGCGGCGACGUCUGCUCAUCAGAGUCCUUCAACGAGGACAUCGCCGUCUUCUCAAAACAGAUACGCCAGGAGAAGCCCUACUACAAUGCUGACCCCGAGGUGGAUUCACUUAUGGUACAAGCGAUACAAGUGCUGCGGUUUCACUUGCUCGAGCUGGAAAAGGUCCACGAGUUGUGCGAUAACUUUUGUCACCGGUACAUCAGCUGUCUGAAGGGAAAAAUGCCCAUCGACCUGGUGAUCGACGAGAGAGAUUCGUCGAAGCCGCUGCCAGACCUGACCGGCUCGACCAACGGCAACGACGGCACCCGCAGCAACGCCGACUCCACCUCGCACGACGGGGCCAGCACACCUGAUGUGAGGCCACCCUCGUCAUCCCUGUCGUACCCUGGGCCUGGCAAUGACGACGUCAGGUCGCCUGGUUCAGGUGGCACGCCAGGCCCCCUUUCCCAACCUCCCAGUUCCCAACAAAGUGGUGACAAUGGCAGUGAAGCAGGUGAGUUUCACUGGAAGAAUCCAAACAUGACUCAUCCGUCACUCCUAGCACAACAAGGUAAAUGGUGUCCUAGACGAGAGUGGUCAGCGGCAGACAGUCGUUCUGAAGCACGCAGAGGGGUCCUAUAUUCGUCGGUUUUUUUGGGGAGUCCUGUAAUGUCGCCGGGCGACGCGAGUAACGCGAGUAUCGGCAGCGGCGAGGGCACGGGCGAGGAGGACGACGAUACAGGAGGCAAGAAGAAUCAAAAGAAAAGAGGCAUUUUCCCCAAAGUAGCAACCAAUAUCCUGAGAGCGUGGCUGUUCCAGCAUUUAACGCACCCGUACCCUUCGGAGGAUCAGAAAAAGCAGUUGGCACAAGAUACUGGCCUGACAAUACUUCAAGUCAACAACUGGUUUAUCAAUGCGAGACGACGAAUCGUCCAACCUUUGAUAGACCAAUCAAAUAGAGCAGGUGCUAGUGUUUUCUCGCCGCACGCAGGUCCUAGCGGGGCGUACAGUCCUGACGCCAGCAUGGGCUACAUGAUGGACGGACAGGCGGCGCAGAUGAUGCAUCGGGCGCCGGGCGACCCCGCGUUCCACAACGAGUACCACUACCCCGCGCAGUACUACGGACACCAUCUGUAGCACCUACAAAACAGUUAUUGCCAAAUGAGUUCCGACUCGGCCCGCUCCGGCGAGGCAGGCGCCAGCACUGCUGUCGAGAUGAAGGGCGACCCUUGAGGGCGGCGGGCCACGCAGAGCCAGGGACUUGCCACCGUGUUUUUUACUACUACAAAAAUAAAUAAAUGAAGAAGAAUGGAAAAUAUGAAUAAUAAUAUUUAUGAGAGAAGAUGAAGAAUGUGACCACGACGUCAUAGAUACCACGUGAUACGAUAAUUUUUAUUAUUUCCUCCGAUCUCCUCGCUCAAGAGUGACGUGUUUCGUUUUGUGUUUUGUACUCUGUACGCGUAUACAUAUGUAAAUAGCCCGUCGACAAGCAAGAAAAAUGCAGAAGCAAGAAAAAUCCUCGCUGAGCCACCGAUUUCGACUCUUUUUAUCUUCGGUACAAAGCGGACUACGUAGUGAUAUUACACGUGACACACACAACACUUCUUAUUGAAAAUGAAAACAUACCCUCUCACACAAUUACACCUUGGAAAUCACACACACACACACAUAAUAAACACACACAAUUUUCACACUUAAGGAAAAAUCCAAAGUAUGCUACACAAGACACGCCCACCCCACUCACAAAUACGGAAGAAUGAGUGCGAAAUUAAAAACGAAAAAACAAUUACAAUUGAAAAAUCGUUUCGAAAUCGAAUAGAAGCGGUCGGACAAAAUUAAGUGCGAGUGUUUGUAUCGUAUAUGAAAAAAAAAUAGCGCAAGAGAGCGAAUGGGAUUGUUGUGCAACGGACGCUCUUUAAAAAAGCAGCCAGCAAGAGAUGAAGAGUGCAUGAGGACGGAUCGUUUUAAUUCUGUAAGCGUUGAUUAAAUCCUAAUAGAGACUGCUGCUCCGACUUAGACGUACAAGACAGUGUAUAACGGCAGGGGGCUGAAUUUUCUCACCCCUCUCGUGUAUAUAGUGGAAGAAGCAAGAAAUCCGCGAGUGUGUUAAGAUCGCGAAAUUCAUCAUUCGAGAUGAGAAAUGGAAGAAAACAAACGAAAAUCGUACCCAGCCCCACUGAAUUGGAUUUUCUAUCUGACGGUGUCCUUCGCGUGUGAUAAAAAAAAGCAUCGGCCCCGCACGUGAGAUUUCAAGUGCAAAAACAAAAGCGACCUUUGUGGGAAAAGGGCCGGAAACCAACAACCAAGGUACCUCAGGCAAGCAAGAGUUUUGUUCGUUUCUGUUCGUCUGCUGUACUUCUUGUACUGUAUUUACGGAAGAAUUUAAUAAGAAGCGAAGAUGAGGCGUGUGUAGGACCGUAGGAUGCGAGUUUGCUGAAAUCAUCAUCAUCAUGUUUAAUCUUCCACGCGACGUUUUAUCUCCUGCUCUUUGACUUUGAUAUUCGAAAAAAUAGCUUUGCGACGAUUACGAGAAAGAAAGAAAGAAAGAAAACGAAACUACACUCGAGACGACUCUCCUUGUCCUGUUCUUUUUGCGAUCAUCAUCAGUGUUGUGCCGUAUACGUGGAGCUUUUUUACCGUCACAGGAAAUUAUCCGAAUUCAAUUUUUUGUUUUAAUUUCUUUUUCUUUUCAUUUUCAAUUGUUAUAUAAUUAUUCUCUCUCCGAAAUCUCCGAAACACUCAGGUGAAGAUUUUACUUAAGACGAGCCACACACUCUAAAAAAAAUGCAAGUGAAAAACAGCCCAGUUUAUUAUUAUUGUCAUAUAUUAUUAUGUACAUGAUAUGUAGAGAAAUCUCUGACGCCGCCGCAGCCGUGGAUAAUUUUUUGUAUUGUCCAUCGCUACUGAUUGUAAUUAAACGCGAGAAAACGAAAACUACUCGAGACGGAUUUCGAAUUUUGUUUCUGUUAUGUAAGUACGCUAUUACCUAACAAGCUAUUGUGUAAAAAUUUACAUAGGGACAUUGCCAAGAUUAUUGUUUGUGAAAAAUAGUCGGUUUGUUAACUUUAAGGAUGAGAGAGAGUGCUAUCUAUGUUGUUUCAAUGUGCAAAUUUAUAAUUUAAAAAAACAAAACAAAAAAGAUGGAUGAGAAAUAAAAAUGUGUACCUCAAUUCACAAAUUGAAUAAUAAACAAUUUAAAUAAUUUAAAACAA